AUGGUGCAUAAAAUUCUCUUCUGGGCCGGCUUCGGCAUUGCGACGCGACUUCUACAGCUCGGCAUUGAGAUGCGCCCACUGUUUCAGCGAGGUUCUUUGUGGGUUUACACUCUUUUUGCGGGUGUGGGAGGCUCCUUCGGCUAUUGGAUGAAGGGCGUGGAAGAUCGACAACUAAAGAUGUUACAGCAGAGAAAAGAGAUAUUAAUAGAGAAAAGGAGGAGGAGGGCCGAACGGGAAGCGGUCGAGGGAGGACUGAACCUGGUGCAACCGGCCGUGGAGGCAGCGCCGGCAGAAACGGCUGGGGUUCUUGCUGCCACGAGUUGA